AUGAAGUCCCCACCACAACCAGCGACUGUCCACGAACCGGACCGAUACCUUUACAGAAUGGCUUCUGCGACUAGAGACCGCGUAACCAAGAGGAAUUCGACACUAUAUUCCUUGAAUGGAGCUCGGUAUAAGUCUGAGAAAGCUCCGGACUAUAUUCGGGGCGAGUCUACGCGUAGCGGCUCGUUGAAUGAGAUAGACAUAGAUUCGGAGCGUAACGAAGUCCCCGGCUGUCGGUUUAGAAAGGUUUCUUUCUCUGAUCCUAAAAUCUACGUAGAACAACGGGUUUACGAGGGCGUAACCGAUAGGACAAUUAUCUACGAACUUGCUUUUAGCGGUAGAAUCGAACUUGAUAAGGAGUAUAAGUUUCUAGCCUACGGCGACGAAGAUAAAAUUUUAGGAAAGCGGGAUCUAAUACUUCGUAUCGUAUCGGGUCAUACGAAAUACUACGGUUACGAUAUCAAAGACAACAUCUAUAUAGACGAAGAGAGCAUUUCUAAGGAGUCACCGUAUACGGAGAACCGGGAAAUGAUAGACGACUUAUCGAGUAAGGACAUUGAGCUCCUUCGGCUACGUUUUGUUGGGCACGGACAUCCCGCGGAAGACAACUUGGGUGUAGGUGAUCUUGUUAUCUUUGUUAUCUAUAAGCCUUGA